AGGGUCGGGAGUUCCGGGGGCCGCGCGUUGAAAAGAUCAGGGCGUCGCAUGUCUGGGGCGUGUGUCCCCCAGUUCCACAUGACGCGCCUUUCGGGCUCAAGCCCGAGCGCGCCCGAUUACUCUUCGUGGCGUCGGCUGGGUGCCCCAGGGACAGUCAGUGUCUGGGCCUCGGCAGGCCUACCUGCAGCGGCCGACAGUAGCUUUACGUACAUACCUGCCUGGCGAUGCAGUUGUGGACGGGGCUGGGGCUGGCUGCAGCCUCCAUAUACGUGCUGCCCGUGCGGUGCGCCGACGUGCGAGCUCGGGUGCCGCGGCAAGCCCAGCUGCCAUGGGCGUACACCAAAGACGAGAGCCCGGCGGGCUCCAGCGCCUCCCUGCUGCAGGAGGCCGGCUGGCGCGCCAGCGUCGGCGACAAGACCUACUACGCGCCACCCGAGGGCGCGGAGCUGAGCCGCAACGUGGGCGACUACUUCUACGCGCUGGGGGCCCGCUCGGCGCUCACGGAGGAGCUCGAGCAGAGCCGCGUGGGUGGCGACGGCAGGUGGCACAUCUUCCACCUCCCCGGCGGCCCGUCCCUGCUCCAGCAGAGCGUCCCGACCAGUGGCGACCGGCGGGAGUCCAUGAGCGCCCUGGUGCAGCUGACGAACGGCGUCAGGGUCAGCAGCGGAUUCCCGGAGUACAAAGUCACCUCCGGCUACAAGAGCCCGCUGACGGCCAACGGGCAGGCGAAGGAGAGGGAAGCGGUGGAGCUCGUCACCAAGGAGGUCUUCCAGAGCUUCCUCGAGAACCUCACGUCGCUCGGGUCCUCUGGGCUGCCCACGCGCAGCUACAAGAACCCCUCCGCCUCGAAGGCCGCGCAGGAGUUCCUGAAGCAGGAGUUCGUUAAGAUGGGCAUGACCCCCUGCCUUCACAGCUUCGAGGGCCUAGGCACGCACCUGGCCAACGUGGUCACCCGCGUGGAGGGCAAGGGCUCGGACGCGGUCGUCGUCGGUGCCCACUACGACUCCCGCCCCUUCGACGGCAAGGCCCCGGGCGCAGAGGACAACGGCAGCGGCGUCGCCGCCCUGCUGGCGGUCGCGCGCGCGUUCACGAUGGCCGGCGUGAAGCCCGAGAAAAAUGUGUACUUCGUAGGCUUUGCGGCAGAGGAGCCCGGCCUCAAGGGUUCAGCCGCCUUCGCGAAGGAGAUGGCGGCCGGAGGAGGCAGGCUGCCGUCGGAGUGCAGGACCCGGUCCGGCAGCUUCCUGGAGCGCGGCAGGUUCCGGCGCAGGAAGGCGGACCACAGGGCCAUUGUCCUCGACGAGGUCGGCUGGAAGAGCCCCGCGCUGUCGAAGGCCACCGUCAACCUGGAGUCCUACGACUGGGCCAAGGAGACGGGCCUCCCCGAGCUCAUGGACCACAUGGCGCACGCGAGCCAAGAGUACAACGGCCAGGAGCUGUACGUAGUCCACAGCAACCACCCCUUCGGCUCGGACCACAUGAGCUUCCUACAGGGGGGCAUCCCGGCGGUCCUAACCAUCAAUGGCGAUGACGAGCGGUACCCGCACUACCACCGCAGCACCGACACGAUCGAGAAUGUGUCCCCGGAGUAUGCCGCGCAGAUCGCCAAGAUGGUCCUCGGUGCGACCGUCCGCUCCGCCGGCGUCUCCGCGCCCUGAGCGCGCCAGCUGGGCACCUUCGCAGGGCCGGUCGUGGUCGUCGCGGCCUG